AUGAAGGUCUUCGUCGGCGGGGUGAUUUACGCUUUCUCGACACCGCUGGGCUGGAUGGGCUCGCUGCUUUUCUACCCCGUGCACAACCACCCCAAGAUCGAGCUGCUGAUCGUCAUGAUUGGCUGUCCCUUGGUGAUGAACAUGAUGCAAUUUUGGAUCCAGGACAGCUUUCUCAUGAACCAUGCUCAACACGACAAUGAAGAGCUGCCACUUCUGCAGACAUCCGUGGCCGGCGCUGCCUUACUGCAAAAGCCGCGCAGCGUGUCGAACGUCUCCAAUGCCGCUGACGUGCGAACGCAUCCCCGAGACGUCAUUGUGCGGACUGGAUAA